AAAAGAGCACAAACUAAAGAUCCAAGGACUGAAGAUAGUUAUGAUGAAGAUAUUGCCAACUUGGAUGAUUUUGAAGAUGAAAUGACACCAGAAGAGAAGAGCAUAUAUCACAUGAAAUGA